AUGGCUCCUACGAAAAAGUCUGCCCAAUCCAAAGCUGCCUCCAGUAACAAAAAGUCGGCUCAUCCUACUUACGAAGAGAUGAUUAAAGCUGCAAUCAUUGAACUCAAGGAGCGCAAAGGAAGCUCGCGUCAAGCUUUGAAAAAGUAUCUCCUCGCCAACUAUGAUCUCACCGCCAAUUCCCACUUUGACUCGCAAUUCAAUGCUGCUAUCAAACGCGGUGUCGCCAAGGGUGUCUUUUCUCAACCCAAAGGCACUUCUGGUACUGUGAAGCUUGUCAAGCCUGAAAAGACUUCAUCGUCAACUACCACCAAGAAGGAAACCAAGACGACACCCACUACCAAAAAGGCCGCCGCAGCAUCCAAGGCGAAGAAGGCCGCCAAACCUGCAAAGAAGGCUGCUGCUACUACCAAGAAGCCUACAACUGCUGCUGCCAAAAAGAAGGUUGCCACCGCUAAGAAGGCUGCCACUGCUGCUGCUGCCAAAAAGAAAGCAACACCUACCAAGAAGGCAGCACCUACCAAGAAGGCAUCAACCACGGCCAAGUCCAACGUCAAGGCACCUGCAAAGAAGAAGGCUGGUACUCGAUCUACACCAUCCCGUGCUGCCAAAAAGGCAUGA